UUUAAUACGCUUCUAACGCUUCCAACGCUUUUCAAUAUGGCUCGUUCAUGCACAGAAGUUUCGUCGCUUGAUAAUAGUCAACAGCUCCUGUAAAAGUGACGUUUGCUUUACUUGCAUUAUCAUUUCGCAUUCUAAAUCUAGCCUCAAGUAAAACGCCGCAAGACACCUGCUCUCGCUAAUUUUUAUUUUGUCGACUCGACAAAUUCGUGAUCGUGAAAAGCCUUGCUGUCAACGGUAUGUCAUCAUACUAACUUAACGCUACUGGAUAUUCCCCGCUGGCAUCUUUGUGACCAGAAUCGUACAUAAACCACAAUAUUUGAAGCAGCACCUGUCUUAGCCACGGACAACAGCGCGAAUAUCUCCUUGAAAACAUCCUGUUGAACAAGCCAACUGCAGUCAGUUCAAGUUUUCGAACAUUUCGUAAACACAUUGGCAUAUACAGCAAUUUUCCUCCUCACGCAGGAUAGAGAUAGUUGUUGUUAAAAUAAUGCAAACUACUGUUUCAAGACUUGGCUGGUAACUUCUUAUCCUAGAAAACAAACGAAUGGCAGAAACGUGCAGAACGAAACUCGAAGCUGCCGUUUUAAUUUUAAGCUUCUUCUUUCAAAGCGGUAUCAUUAUUCCGAUUUCCUCUGAAUGUUCCGGUGAAGAAUGCCGAUCCAUUGUUUUCAAAGAACCCAUACAGGACAAAGUCAUAAAGGGUCACUUGAUCAGGCUUGAAGAGGUGCCCCAUCAAGGCAGCUGUAAUGUGCUGUGUUAUAUGGAGCCAAGUUGUGUGUCCAUAAAUGUUGGGCCUUCACAAGCCAAAGGAGGGAACUACAUUUGUGAGUUGAACAAUGCUUCAGACGAAAUUCCAGGCUCGUCCUACCUUCAGAGUAAGGAAGAUUAUAGCCAUCUCAGUAUCGAGAAUCCCUGUAGUAGCAGUCCCUGUUUCAACAAUGGCACAUGUCGAGCUGGAUACACUGAUAAAGGAUUUCGUUGUAAAUGUCCUUUAGGAUUCACUGGUGUACACUGCGAGAAAGCCUGCAGCCUUGACUUUGAAGAUGGAAUCGGCAGGUGGAAAAUGACAGGCAGAGCUUUCAUUUACCAGCCAACAUUUGGUGACAAUCCAGUCGCGCGCAAAAGAGAAAGCGCCCAGCUGCAAGGGAACUGGUGGGUGGGGGGAGCUGAGAAACGGACUAGUGAGAGCGAUCCCGCAGGUGAGCAGCAUCCAGAUGAAGCAGACGUACCCCUAGGAACCCUCACCUCACCUUGUUUUCGUAUCGUUGGCAAGAGUAUCUCGUUUCUCAUUGGUGGGGGAUGUAAAGUAAAUAAAGUUCGUGCGGAGCUUAUUGUCAACAACCAAGUCGUCAGAAAAGCGACAGGAAACUGUUGGGAGACAAUGUACCGUAAGAGCUGGGACGUAGAGGAGUUUAUUGGUCAAUACGCCCAAGUCAGACUUGUUGACAAGAGUGAUUGUUGUUGGGGUCACAUCAACUUUGAUGACCUUAGAGGAGAUAUUAUUUGUCCACACGAUUUAGAAGAGAAAAACUGAAGAGAAAGCGGCUUUAAAAAAUAACUUAUCAAGUCAAUUCCCCUUGAAAGUACGGUGAAACAGCUUUUGACGUAGCAUAGCACUUUCUUUGUGCUAUCGUAGAUGGGCACAUUCACUGUGUUUUUUUUUUCUUGUUGAAAAUCCGAAUAUGAAAUAGUUUUAUGCACGUGACUGAGAAGGCUAUAAUCAUAUCAUACAAUCGUAAGGUCGGUUUAAUGCGAUGAUAAGGACGGUCGAUUGCUUUAGAUGGUAGCAAUCGCAUCAUAUUUCCUUUUCUUAAUAUUUGCUUUACAAAAUCCAUAUCUGUAAAAACUCUUUGUAGAUUCUGUUCGGGAUUAGAUAUUGAAGUCAGUUUUGAGUAACUGCUUCCAAAACAGGUUCCAGAAUAGUGGAAUAUCGAUGUUUUAUUUGACUCUUGCAAUGCUUAAUCUUGAGUUAUUAUACAGAAGGACUUUAAAAUUUACUAAUACAUAUUAUUUAGCUUAACAAACGUUCUCGCGCACAGAGACAUCCAAUAAUUCUCUUUUGAUAUAAAUAUCAUUUUAUGUUGCGGACAAAAUAGUUUAGUUUUAACCCUCAAAUAUCACAUUAACCUAACGCCAAACCCAAGGUCGUCUACAGAAAAUAAAAUGUUUCCAAGGCUUUUUCAACUAGGCAAACACAAACACUUGACUGAUUAUAAAUUCCACAAAUUCACUUUCGGUUUUAAAGCAAAUCAAGUGAUGAAGUCUGAGCUCUUCCCUAUAAAAUCUUACUGUAACUAGUGAAUCGUAUUGAUGUAAGAGGUUAGCUGUGGCAGGCUGAAGAUUUUUUGCGUAACUGUUGACGUUUGUGUAGAAGUAAGAAGUUUGCAAAGGUUUCUGAUAAUUCUUCUUUGCUCGAGAAGUCACUUGUGAUUGAAAGUUUAU